GAGGUGCAGUCUUAGUGCAGUGGUUGUCUCGGCAGAACGCAACAGGUCGUCGGCUUGAGGGUCAACCUAAGUUAUUGGUUUUUAUCGUUUUAGCCAUGGAUUUCAACAAGCCAAGAACCAUUACCCAGACUGUACCUUCUUUGAAGUUAUCUAAUGGAUACAUUCUGCCAGAGGGCAGACUGACCCCCAACGCCCUCUUUGUGGGUGGGAUCGACAUGAAGGUGGACGAAAAUGAAAUGCGGGACUUCUUUACAAGAUAUGGCAAUGUCAAGGAAGUAAAAAUAAUCACGUACCGUGGAGGGGUUUGCAAAGGGUACGGGUUUGUGUAUUUCAAUGAAGAUGUCAACAUUCAGUCAAUCAUUGAGCAACAGAUCAGUUUUAAAGGGCGGAAACUCAAGCUGGGCCCUGCAAUCAUGAAGCAACGGAGUCCACGAUCCAUACCAUCCCGUCUGGUUGGAUCCGCUCCUUGGAUGAGUCCUAGCCAAUAUAUCUACUGUGCGUGUUGCUCACCAAUGGGAGGAGGGGUCACACAGCCCUCACCUGUCUACAGCGGAGGCAACCCGUAUAAUCAGCCGUACUCCUACAGCAGCUUCAGCGGGGUGAUGGUUCCACAGAUGCCGAUGAGCUACACACAGAAUCCCUACCCCUACCAGUACACCCCAGCACCCUGGACCCCAGACCAAAGGACUCGGCCUGUCAAUCAGAGCUUUGUGGAUUGUGGAGUCCAGACUAUGUUGACUGUGCUGUAGUUGAAAGCUACUGAGCCUUCUGCAAGAUGCAGACAGCAGUAGCUUCAACAAGAUGUGGACAUGGUGACAUCUUGGCAUUCUGGACAUCUGAAAGCAUCCUGACUCCCCAGAUUGUUUUCAGAACGCCCUCGUCUCUCCCGUCAAUAUUUUUUCAGAGCCGUUUUAACACCAGACUUCUUGAGCUUUCAACGUAAACCGAACCACUUCGAUCCAAGUCACUUGAACCAAGAUCGGUGAGGUUGACCUGUGGUCGGCUGCUUUUAAAUCACACAGAUCACAGAGACUUUUAUAAAGGAUGAGAAGAGCACGUUUGGUAUACCAGCCAAAACACGGGAUCACUUUCUUUUUUCUUUUUUACAGUCCCAAGCAAAAGAAAACAAACAAAAAAAAAAUGGAAAGGCUUUUAAUCUCACUUUUUCUGUUUAUUUAUAUAUUAUGUUUAAUUUAUUUUUUCCUAUUUUAUUGCUUUUGUCCAGUCUGUUUUAAGGGCUCUCUGUACAUAGGAAGGAAUGUUUGUAUAUUUGUACAUUGUUACAAUCUGUUCUCUACAGUGGAUUUUUUUCUUUUUUUUUUUUUGUCAGGUCUAAUGCUCCUCUGAUUAAGAUCUUUAUUAACUUUCCUACAGCAUAAGGGCACGAUCAUAAAUUUUAAGCACUCUGGCAUUUUGCGCUCCCUUUUUAUUUCACUGGGUGUCACUGUGGUAAAUGAAAGGCCUCACACCUCAUCACCAUUAGUAAUUUUUGUUUUGGUCCUUGGUUGUAAAUGUUCGUCGUGUGCCUCCAGAAGUUCGCAGUCGAAGACAGUCGGCAUCAAUUCAUUUUGCUUUGACUCAUUAAUCAACUAAUGUUAGGGUAAAAAAAGGAGAAAAUGACAGUUUUUCAAAACUUGUUACAGUCUGUUUUUCACUAGUUGGGUUAUUCACAGUUCAGACAAUUUUUAUAUGUAUAUAUAUUUUUUUUAGGGGGGUUUGAUUGCACGUCUUGCGUAAAGGAUUUUAGACAUUUAAUAAGUGAAUGCACUGGAUGUGGUUUUAAGUUUCAUUUUAAACAUAGCUUAAUAUAGAUGCACAUUAGCAUGUGGUGUACAUCAGUUUUUCUUUCCAUCGAAUAGUUUCUGGACGUUGACCUCGAGUUGCGGAGGCACAUUGUGUUGAGACAUUUUUGUUCAGAGAGCCUGAGAAAGUCACUGUUUGAAGUUUUGUUUUGUUGGGUUUGGAUUAUUUUGUUCAAUAAA